AUGAAGUUCAUUGCCACCCCAAUCAUCCUGGCCCUUGCCGCGGGCUUUGCCUCUGCCCAGCUUGAGGAUGUCCCUGAGUGCGCUAAAUCGUGUCUCGUCCAGUACACCACCGGAACCCAGAUCGCCAACUGCGCCCAGCUCGACAUCAAGUGCAUCUGCAGCAACACCGAGUUCCUCGACGGCAUCGCCUGCUGCCUCGACAAGGACUGCGACGCCGCCGGCAAGAGCGCCGCCGUCACCUUCGCUAAGCAGAUCUGCUCUACCGCGUCCGUGACCAUCCCCGACGAGGUCGUGUGCAAGUCCGGCUCUUCCACCACCUCCGGCAGCGCCAGCGCCUCGUCCAGCGGCUCGGCCAGCGCCAGUGCCAGCGGCAGCGCAUCAACCUCCGGCGCCUCCAACACGGCAACGACCACCACCGGGAGCACCUCGACGACCACAAACUCGGCUUCGCAGCAGUCCGGCACCGGCGCGGCAUCUGGACUCACUCCCUUCUCCGGCUCGAUCGGCGCGGCUCUGGCCCUGCUCUUUGCUCUGUAG